AUGUCUACCGUUGAUGCGGAUGCGAAUUCAAGUCCCGAUGAUGCCGGCUAUGCUGUGUCUCCUGUUGAGGAAAACGCCAACGAGUGCCAGGAGGGGAAACAAGAAGAGGAGGCCCUGCCGCCGCGUGGAGGAGGUCUCACCUUCGAUGAAAAGAGGGCUGGUUUAAUUGUCUUGGGCUGCUUUCUCUUUCAGGAGGCUGAUAGCAGCGCAUUUCGCACAAUGUUGGUGGCGUCUGUUGCUGCGUAUGCCGUCUCAAAAUUAUUCGUCACUUCCUUUGUUACUCUUUCCUCCUCCAAAGCUGAGUGA